ACAGGUGACACGAACUCUCGUCAUGGUUGGCUGACACGUCCCGAGUAUAAGACGAGGCUUCACGGCUGCUCCCGCGCGACUUGAAGGGAAAACAGUCGCAAGACAAGAUCUCAAGCAGCUUGACUAGGCCGACGCGCCGCCUCUUGCGUUACUGUUUGUUGUCGCUCUUGAGCACGUUUUGGCAUUCUCAGUUUUCCCCCGUCCUCCGUCCUACUUUUCUGAUCAUCUUGACUGUAAUUGAAGCCUGGGGACAUUCCAUCGCGGCGCCACAUUCUGGUUUCUUGUCAACACUGUGGCUCCCAUAUUUUCUAAGCCUCGGCGUCUCGUCGACAGCAGUCGCUGCGUAAAAGUGUGGUCUGCCGGCAACGCCAGGCUUGUUUCAGCUCUCCUACAACUUCUUUGCGUGGCGCCUCGAUCCACUCGACACACGUCGACAAAGAGAUGGACUACAUCAAAGAAUUCCUCCAGAAGACCCUUUCUCAGUAUGUGGAAGGUGUCAACGAGAAGACUCUCACUCUGGGUUUCAAUGAGGGUGUGGAGAUCAACAACCUCACGCUGCGAACCGACAUCGUCAACCAUGUGCUCCAGAACAACGGUGUGGACGCGCGGCUCGACUACGGGCGUAUCGGGAAACUUCGGCUGGUAUAUACAGCCCUUCCUGGGAUUGUAACAAUGCAAGUUGACGGAUUAGACAUUCGGAUGAGACCGAACUUCACCGGUACUGCAAUCAAAAAAAUCUGCGAAACCCUUGGCGAGCUGCAGGAGGACGUGGAUGAAGUUCAGAUGGUUGGACUGGUCCCGAGUGCCACGCCGUACGGUAUCCCUUGUCCACCUCCUAUAUAUCCGCAGUGCGCUUUCAGUCCCCAGCAGCCAGAGGUCCACGACACCUUCUCCAGGAGACUGCCACCUCAUAGAGUGCCUCGGCCACCUCCUGUCGUUCGGAGGGCUCGCUACGUCAUGCCCAAGGCGUCGGUAGCCCAGCUUGUUGCUGUACCGGCACCCACUCCGUCGCCGCGGCUCCCGGUCGCUUCACCGACUCUUCCCAGGUGCGACCUGCAGGUGCCCUCGUUUGAAGCACCGGCUCUACCACCGCUGUGCGAGAAUGUUUACGGUUUCAUCGAAGGAUGUUCAGACACCCUUGCCAAGAUAACAACGCCGGCCCACGAGAACUUCAGUGAAGUUCCAGUAUCGUCUUACCAGUGCUGCCCGAAACCUUCGCAGGACACGCCAGUGCACCAGGCAUACUUGCUUCCACCGGUAGAACAGCGUGGUUGCUUCGCUCUGCAGCGACGGCCACAGGUCAUCACGGCGCCGUCACCAAGCAGUACUAAAACACAGCACGUCAGUUUCGUUUCGUGCACGCCUCGCUAACUUCGUUUUUUGAUCGAUGGACAACCCUGCUGUGCACCAAAUCCCGAGUUAUGGGACUCCGGGAAAGCAAUUGGAAUGCAGAUUGUUUUCAAUUCGUUUCCCUUUACCAUCCUGAAGGGGAUUUGGCGAUGUUUGCGUAAUGGACUGUACGUGGAUGUAUAUGCAAAUCUGUGCAAUCACUUCCUUGCACGUACAUGCAUGAAAAGUUUAUGCCAAGCUUGCAUUCCCCUUUGCCUGCUUCAGUGCUUGUCAUUCACUCAGAUUUCUGCGUGAACUUGUGCAACAUGCUUAUGUUCACGUGGCGAAUGCGGGGUUGUGGGGGGGUGCACAUUUCUUCUGGGAAUCGAAAAGAUGUUUCUGUAUCUCCAUGCAUUAAAUGGCUCUUCUUCGAGCAACGAGUACCUGCAGCAGCUGCAAUACUUUUGAAUAACAAUGUAUGUACUGGCAGUAUCACUUCUUCGUCAUUAAGUCUCCUGGCCUCAGCCCUGCCAAUGGCAGCCCGUAGAGGCGUCGCAUAGUGGGAUGUCGAGGACUUCAUCUUGAUGAAGUCCCAGGUGGUAAUAGCAAGACGAGAGAGGCAACAGUGCGUACGUGGGGCAAGACGGAGAUUUUCUUCCACACCAAACAACACAAAGGAACCACAUGAGUAUCUGGUGGUCGCUUCUUGCACAGUGUCCCCUCAACAGAGAGAAAGAAGGGAUGUUGCUUCUAGAGGUUCAAGGCAUCCUGUUCUGUUUGGGGGUAUCGUACACUCGAGCUGGUUAUCAGUAGUUUACAUCUGGUGGGCAAUUCAGAAGGUUCUUCAGCCUUUCCUGGAGGCAAACACACUUAUCUUCUGCGCUAACGAACCGCGUUACACAGAGUCCCAUUAGUACGAGCGGCAGAUGGUCACAAGUGUUGAAGGGAGAGUGGUUGUCGUAGCGCGCCAAACACUCUAGUUAGCGGAGCUGUUCCGCAGCUUCAAGUCGGGAACAGCCAGACGACCGGUGCAUCGUUUAGAGCAUGGAAUUGGCAAGAUUGUGUACUCUCUUGGCGUGACGAGUCUUAAAGCUGUAAAACUGGUUGAAAAUGCUUGGCAGAGCGUCGUGUGUUAACGCCGCUUACGGCUGCUGAUAUUUGACGGUCACGUUGUACCAGCACAAUAUGAUGGGCUCCCAUCGUUUUUUAAAGAAAAAACAGGCAGCACCACUGGGAGUGAAGAAGCAUUAGGUUAUAUUGAUCUCAACGGACGCGGAAACUCGUCUCUUUGGGCCGGAGUGGUACGGGACCUGCUCUGUCGGGCGAUUUUAUCCGAACGUACAAGCAAGCUUGCAGAAAAGCGAGAGGGUGAAUUGCAAGGAAAUAAGCGACAUAAUAGCUAUUGUUUUCUCCGAAAUGCUAUGAAUAUAUGCAUUUUUAUAGCAUUGACAUUGUGAAUACGUUUCAAUACCACUCAUCCGUCAAGGUUGUACAAGGGAGGCGUUCUAUUACGGUGACGUCUUUGUAAUUGUCUCCAGUUCCUCUGGUGGCGGCGCUGCUCAUCAUGAUGAAACAUCACAGAAUGUGUGUGCAUGUGUGCUUCGGUUUAUAAUGCUUCAUGACUGUCAUCAAAACAAUCGCGGCGUGUCUGCUGGUCUCGGAGUCUGUUCUGUACUAGACUCAGGUUGCU